CAGGUACAAAGAACAGACCAAAGAUGGAGACGAGAUUGGACGAGAUCGAAUAUUUAGCAUUUCGAGCGCAAUAUAUUUGUUGCUGAUAAUUCUAAAUUUACGAUACUUGUGACAAGCAGAGCGCGUUUGAACACACUUGAGGAAGAAUCGUUCGUUUGUCGUAGCAUUCUGGUAGCAUUGCUACCAGAAAGAGCUAAUUAAUGCGACACAUGGCAGUUUGUUAAGCUCAAAUCCGAACGCGUAAUUUCUCGUUUUAAUACUCACCGCGCGUAAUUUACCAACGUAUUUAUCAACGUUAGUUUAUGUAAUUACAAUGGAUCCACGCUUACAUAGAAGAUCCGAAUCAGAAAAGGGAACGAGUGAUUUGAUUGUCGAAUGGUUAAACGAGGUCUCUAUAAGCUCCGUUGAGGAUGUUAAAGUUGCAAAUAUAUGUAAAAUACAAGAAGUGUUGUUAAACAAGGAAUCGCAUUUGCUGCAACUUUAUUUGGGGAAUGUUUUAGAAUUUGCAGCAGAUAGAAGUGCAGAAGUCAGAAAGACUAUCAUAGGAUUUGUUGAAGAAGCUGGAAUAAAACAUCCAGAAGUGAUCCCACGUACAGUGCAAAUACUUCUUAGAUUGUCGACGGAUGAGGCACCAGCUGUAGCUAAGCGAGUUCUUAGAGCCAGCAGUAGAAUUCUUAGAGCUGCUCUCAAAUGGAUUUCUAGUGCUGCUGUUGUUACUCAAGAAAUGGAAUUAGCGUGGAGUCAGCUAAGUGCUCUUAAAGUACAGAUUAUAAAUAUGAUUGACAGUGAUAAUGAUGGAAUCAGGACACAAGCUGUAAAGUUUCUCGAAGGUGUUGUCUUGAUACAAACCUAUCCUGACCCCGAUACUCCCAAGAAACCUGAUGACUUUUCCCUUGAAGACAUACCGUUGACACUGAAAAUAGCUCGUAGAAGGAAAUUGGAAGAGGAGGCAAAGAAUGUUAUGGAUCUGCUGAUCAAGUUUCACGGAUCACCACAUGUCAGUAGUGUCAAUUUAAUGACAUGUAUGGGAUCUUUAGCAUUAAUCGCUAAAACAAGACCACAGUUUAUGCCGAAUGUAAUCCAAGCAUUGCAGAGGCUGCAACAUGAUCUACCACCAACGCUGUCUGAUUCUCAAGUGACCAGUGUACAGAAGCAACUAAAACUCACGCUUCUCGGACUGAUGAAACAUCCUGCUAGUAUAGAAUAUGCUUCAACUAUAGCUAAGCAAUUGUCUCAACUUGGAGCAAAAGAGCAGGAGAUUAUUAAGGCUUAUCCUAAACCGGACGAUGUUCGUCGAAUGAAAAAACGCCAACAGGAAGCAGCAGCUGCUAAUGCUGCAAAACGAGUGAAACUUGAUAUGGUUUUGAUACCUGAUGAAACAGAACCGAUACCAAGUCCCGUUCCUGCGCCUAAAUUGCCAGAGUUAAUCGAGCUUUCUGAAAAUUUUAUCGCCGAAAGACUUAGCGUAGAAAUUGCAACGGAUUUAGUGAUGGAUAGUAUGGCAUGGGUUCCGGACACCAUGACGACAAUUUUUCAAAGAGAAUAUCAGCCCACUGCAACUACCGACAUUAACAUACAACGUCAGACAAUCGGUAAACUUCUAGCGGCGCAAAUAAAGCAGACUAAAGCGAAAAAGAAGAAAGACGCUAAAGAAGAAGAUGCUGUAAUGGAAGACUUGAUCAAGAAUCCUACUAUUAGCGUAGCAGAAGCGAAACGUGAGCGUAAACGCGAGAAAGAUCGGGAGAAGGAAAAGGAAGCGAAAGCGUCAUUAGAGGCCCACGAGAAAUCUCUUGCAAAAGCUAGAAAUCGUUUGAAAGCGUUGAAAUUGGCCGAGGUGACGAAACCGCUUUUGAAAGAAGCUAAAGAACGAAUGUUAUUGUUGGCAGUUAAUAGGAUAUUGUUUUCGGAAAAGACUGCAGUUCUUGGUGGUGUAGCUGCUGUGAGAUCCAAAAUCCUGACUACACUGGCAGCUACCUUUAAUCCUUACAUUAAGGAAGCUGUAUUGCGUUACAUUACCGAUGAUAUGAGAAAUCGAUUAGAUUUGGCUCUAGGAUGGUUGUACGAGGAGUAUGCGUUGCUUCAAGGUUUCCAGAGGCGGACCACAUUAUGUACGAAACCUCAGGAAGCUCCGCAUCAAGCGUAUAACUUUUUAUUGUGCACUUUAGUUUCGGCUAUUGAUUUAGUUCAGGGUAAAGAUCGUGAUUCCUUAUUGUACAGAUUGUACCUGGAAGCACCACUGAUAACGGAAGAUGCCGUAGAAGCAUUGAAAAUGGUGUCAUCCGACGAAUCUAGAGGUCUUGCGCCAUUGCAGCUUCUGAAAGAAAUGGUAGUGCGCAGACCAACAAAGCAGUUGGUAUUUUUAAAUGUUUUGUUGUGCCAUACUGGACACGAAAACAAUACGAUACGGGAGGCUGCGAUACAAUUAGUCUGUCAGUUGUACAGCAGAUCGGAAUUAAGCAAACUGAUUGAAGAGUAUGCAGUUCUAUAUCUAGGUUUUUUACGCCUUCAUAAUCCACCCGAAAUUGUUUUCGGGCAGGAUAGGGGCAGACCGCAGAUUGAAAGUUUGUGGAGCGAAUCGACUACACGUGCCUGUCUAGGAUUGUAUCUUGCUCUCCUCAGUGAACAUCAAGAUCUUAUUCAUGAAUUAGCGCGAGUUUAUACAUCUAUGGGAGCUGAUGUAAAGCGUAUCGUGCUAAGACUCGUGGAAGGACCAGUAAGAUCUUUAGGUAUGGGAAGCCCACAAUUGCUGGCACUUGUUGAGAAUUGUCCGAAAGGUUCGGAGACUUUGGUCACGAGGAUUAUACAUAUUCUUACAGAGAAAUCUGCUCCGAGUGCUGAAUUAGUGGCCAGGGUGCGGGAGUUGUACCAAACCAGAGUUUCCGAUGUUAGAUUCUUGAUACCCGUUCUAAAUGGCCUUACGAAGAAAGAGGUGAUUGGUGCACUUCCAAAACUAAUCAAAUUAAACCCUAUCGUUGUAAAGGAGGUAUUCAACAGGUUGCUUGGGACACAUAACAACGACAGUGGUGUACCUCAUACAUCUCCUAUUACACCCGCGGAAUUGUUGAUAGCUCUACAUAAUAUAGAUCCAAGCAAGGCUGAAUUAAAGACCGUUAUUAAAGCGACGUCUCUCUGCUUCGCCGAGAAACAAGUGUAUACGCAGGAAACGGUUGCUGUCGUGAUGCAACAUCUUAUGGAGGUGACACCUCUACCGACCUUACUCAUGCGUACCGUCAUACAAAGCUUAGCCCUUUAUCCCAGACUGAGCGGAUUCGUCAUGAACAUACUUCAACGUUUGAUUCUGAAGCAAGUGUGGAAGCAGCCGAAAGUAUGGGAGGGUUUCGUGAAAUGUUGCGAACGCACGCAACCACAAAGUUUCGCUGUUAUCUUGCAACUACCACCGACGCAAUUGUCAGAGGCGCUAAGAAUGGCCAGCAAUUUACGCGCGCCCUUACUAGCCCAUGUUGAAGCUUUUGCUGAAAAUCAGAAAGCGCACAUUCCACAAUCGAUAAUGGAUGUCAUACAGGGUAAAGUGCUUUGUGACAUGCACGAUGAAUUUGAUAUUGCGCCACCCGGUGAUUAUUCGAAUGAUCAAAAACCAGAUACAAUGGAAAUUGAUCUUUCCGAACCAGCUCCUCCUGGUUUAGAUUAGCAUAAAGCAAUUUCAUUGUUAGGAUCAGAAACGCACUCUACUAGAUAUUCAAAUAUUAACUAAUAUCUGUAUUGUAGUUACGAAUUGUAAAUUAUUUUCCUUGGGUCACCGUUUGAAACGUUCAGACGAUUUCCUCCACACUGACAGAACUGACAUUUAGAUAUUAGACAACUCUCUUGUAUCUAAUCGCGAUAAUUCCUUGAUGUAUAUUGUUCGCUAUAAUUAUUUUGGUAAUACUGAUCGUCGUCAUAUUUUAUAUAUCCGACCGGUCAACGUACUAGUGAUAUAAGAAGUGAUUUUUAGUUUCAUAUCCACACUUCAGAGGAUAAAUAGAUCACAAGACGAACAAAAGAACAUCAUAUAAGCGUAAGUUGCACUAUUUGUUUUCUCAUAUUUAUAUAAACGGCACAUUUUUCAGAAUAAUAUAUCGAUAUACAGUCCUUAGUGUUUUGUCUGAAGAAAAUAUCAAUUUCCUAAGAGAAAAAGAAUUUUGAUCAGACAGCUCUGUCUAUACUACAAUUAUGACAUUUGCGUAUAGAUAUAGAAAAAUGAGAACAUCG